UUCAGAACGGUAUUUUUUCUGAAAAAAUAAUGGGUUUUUUCAAGAUUGUUGGCUUUGCGGUUUCCCAUUGCAGCAUCCUAUAGUCAAAUUAAGCGUCACUUUGUUUUUUACCUACCGUAAAAUGCUGCCUGUAUUAUUAGUGAGCAGAGCGUAGCAGAACUGGAGCUUCUGUUUUAUUUGUGACUCGUUACUGUAUUCUUUACUCUUUAGCUCAUAUUUGAGUUUUCCUUACCGCGAACAUAAAAGAUACAGAUUAAUUCCCUCAUCGCUCCAGUUUUCAUCUCCUGUUCAUCUGUCUCUGGGUGGAGAAUCGGGUUCUUCAGCUUGCGGCGUAUAUGAUCGAUGUAGAGCGGUGGAUUGGUUUGGAGUGUGUUGUUGCAGUCGGAUAAUAAUAGUACCUGAUAAGCAUUCCACAUGUUGACCAAGUUCUUUCCCGCCUGCCUCCUCCUGUGCGGCCUAUGUCUGCGGAGGACGGCAGGCCAAGGAGCGGGUAUGAUGCAGCCCAUAGGAGGGCAGCAAGCGCCUGCCAUAGGGACCAAUAACGCCGCCAACCCCCUACCGGUGAAUUAUAAUCAGGGGGUAGGUGCGGGAAAUGCCGUGACGAUGGCGGCGGCGGCCGCCUCGGUGGACGACAGCGACAUCAUCAAUUUGGCCGAGCAUCCGGCCUGCGCGGCCGAUGUGCGUCGUCUAUGUGAGGGAAUGCCCAAUAAAAAGGAUCCCGACGCUACCAAGGAGGCCAAGAACAGUCUGGACGUGCUCAACUGCUUCCUUGACCACGAAGACAAGGCUGUUUCCGCCGGCUGUCAUCAGAUCAUGUACGAUUUUAAAAAGAACAUUACAAAAGAUCCACGGAUUGCCAAUAUUGCCGACGCCCAGUGUAAGGACGACCUGACAAAAACUCACUUGGCGACCUGCGCCAGUUUUCGAAAGAGUGAUCCCGGCCACUUCAUCUCCUGUGUGGUGGAACACAAGGACGAAAUCACCGACGAAUCUUGUCUGGCCUUUGUGAACAAAGUGGCCGUUGUAAUUUUCUCCGACUUCCGCUUUGUUUCGCCCUUUAUGAACGCUUGUGCCGCAGACCAGGAACGACUAAAAUGCAAAUUCCUGGACAACGACGGGCAGUCCAAAGGCGGGCAUUCGCAGGGCGCCGUUGUCCAGUGUCUGCUGCACGAAAUGCAGCAGCUGCAACGCAAAGCCCUGGAAGCGAAGGCCAACCAACAGGAUGGUCAGGGUUUGCAGCAGAUGCCGUCGCCAGAGAAUCAGCUAGCGCCGGAAUGCGCGCACCAGCUCAUGCGUUUGUUGGAACUGCAGGCUGACGAUUACCAUCUGGAUCGGGCACUCUUCCUGGCGUGCCGGGAUGACCGGGAGACCUUCUGCCGGGAUGUGCAGGCCGGACAGGGACGGGUGUAUCAGUGCUUGAUGCGGAGUAUUAACGAGGCGCGCAUGACCACAGAGUGCAAAGCCCGGUUAGAAGAGCGUGAAGUGGCUGCGCAGACCGACUACAAGGUGGACUACGGUCUGGGGCAGGCCUGCAAAGAUGAGAUCUCACGCUAUAACUGCGUGCCGCCGUCGACGCAUCCACAGGAGUACGGCAUGUCCUUUAUUAUCCUCUGUUUGGAAGAUCCCAUGCGCAAAGAAGCUCAACACCAGGUCGGGCCCAAAUGUCAGGACGCCAUGCAGUACCACCGACAGGCUUUGAUGAACGACCACAACGUAUCGCCAAAUAUUUUGGUUUUCUGCAAGACGGACAUUGAGCGCCACUGCAGCAAGAAGGGCGUGCAGCCGCAAGCCUAUGUGCACUGUUUGAUGGGCGCCGCUCAGCCCCAUUUGCAGAAAGGCCCGAACGGUCAAGCGGGCAGUUACGCGAGCCAGUUGGCGCCCGUCUGUGAGCGCGAGCUGAAGGAGCUGCUGCUAACGGCCGAUCCGGCCAGCGAUAUGAAAGUCGAUCUUGUUUUGUAUCAGGCGUGUGCCAACGUCAUCCACAAUCGCUGCGGAGGGGACAUGCAUGCGGCCGCGCUACAUAUGAUGGGCUGUUUGAUGGAGAACAUGCAUGCCCAGGAGAUGACGGAAGACUGUGAAAAGCGCCUGCUGGAAUCCCAUUACUUUAUGACACGGGAUAUCCGUCUGGAUACGGAACUCUUCCGUGCCUGCAAGGAUUCCGUGGGCAGAGUAUGCGGGUUGAAGGAUGACUGGUUGCCCCAAGAAAAAAACAGGCAGGGGCCGGACGUCGGUCCCAUUGUCUUCGGCUGUCUGUACCGGCACGCAGUUAUCCCGGAGCCUGAUAAAGACGGGUUGUCGGAUCAAUGCAAGGCUAAAGUUUUCGAGAUGUUACACCAGCGUGCCGUCGCCCGCGAGCUGCCCCCGAAGAUCGAUACGGAUUGCAUCCACGAUCUGGCUUACUUCUGCUCUGACAGGCCGCCCCGCAAGGGUCAGGAGAUGAACUGUCUGCAGGAUAAUUACGCUAAACUGCAGACAGAGUGCAAGGCCGCCGUGCAGGGGUACUUGCAGGCCGUCAACAAAGACGCCAAACUGAGCGCCACGUACUACAAUUGCGCUAAUAUGCUGGAGAAGUUCUGUCGCGGGUCACUUGAUCAGGGUUCUACUUUUGACGAUGCCAUGCAGUGCCUGAUCCCUUACAAGGAAGAUGUCGGGAUGGAGAAAAAUUGCAAAGCUGAGAUUGAGCACUAUCAAAUGGUCAACAUCCAAGAGUUCAAUCUCAAUUUCCGAUUCAAGGAAGCUUGCAGAGUUGACCGGGAGACUUUUUGUAAAGGUCCAAAUGGACAACCACUAACUGACAUUGGAGAAUUGGUGGUUUGUUUGAGCUCUCUCAACCGUGAAGACAUUGUCAAUGGCGCAAAACCCCGCAUCAGCGACGCAUGCCGGAAGCAGUUGCGGAGUGAACUGCUGACCCGGGUGGAGAAUGUGGAGCUUGAUCCGUAUAUCAAGAAAGUGUGCGGUAAUGACAUUGACAAAGUCUGCCGCAUCCCCAAUCAGCUGGAUACGCUAGAGUGUCUGCGCCGUCAAGACCCAAAGACACUGUCGUCCGAAUGCGCUGCCGUCGUUUUCAAGGUAGAGAUGGUGCAGGCCGCCGAACCCGAAGCCGAUUUCGCCCUGCUGAAGGCCUGUAAACGAAUGAUCAAGAAGUUCUGCCCCGACGAGGAAACCACCCAGGUGCUGACCUGUUUGAUCGGGGUCAAGAAAGAGCCGGAGAUGGACGACAAAUGCCGCAAGAUGAUCAUCACGCGCCAGAUGGAGGAGGGCAAGGAUGUGCGCCUCAACGCCGGACUGUUCAAGGAGUGCAAGAAGGAUAUGGAUAAAUUCUGCAGGACUGAUCUGGAGAAGUUGGGCAGUCGCAAAGUGGAGGCACCGGAGCUGGAAGCGACCAUUGUUGAGUGUCUGCGGCGGCACCGCAAACAGAUCAGUGGCGCUUGCGAUAAGCAGAUCACCACGCUCUUCAAGGAGGUGGUCUCCGACUACCAACUGGAUAAAAAUUUGGUGGAAGUAUGCCAUGAAGAGAUCUUGAGCUGCCAUAAAUCGGAUGACGAGGAGAAGGGCGAAGUGGUGGAGUGUCUGAAGCAGCAGUUGAAAGCAGGUAAAAUGCGGACGCCCUGUGCGCUGCGUGUCUCACAUCUGGUAGCCGAGGGCAAGGCCGACCUCCACGUCGAUCCGCAGCUGUUUUCUGCUUGUCACGAUGAUCUUCGAAAGUUCUGCCGAGAAGUGGAUGCCGGCGAGGGUCGACAGUUCCAGUGUCUAAGCGCUGCGCGCAGUGACGGCCACAAACUGACAGUCCAGUGUGAUAGCAAGCUCAAGGAGCGGAUAGAAUUUGUCAAGUAUGCUACAAAGGAUGAACCCAUGGACAACAUCGGGCAGAUUGUGGACGCCGUAGUGGAUAGUCCGGCACGGCACUACGUGUUUGCUGUGCUGGGUGGAGCUUUGUGUGCAGUUCUCUGCAUUGGCAUUUGCUGUGGCCGGGCCACGAAGCGGGUGCGGAGGGAACUCAAGAAUCGAUGAGGGACGGUCGUUUGUGCAGAGGGAGGGGAUGGGAGAGGGCAUCGUGCCAAUGCAUGUUGUGUCACACUUCGUCAACACUCACAAACUGAGAUAAAUGCAGAGUGCAGACAAAGAGAGAUGAAUUGAAUUAAUUUAACGAUUCCAAAGGUGUUUUUCUUGGCUUUUCUAAUUAACUCGAGUCUUCUACUAUUUUUGCUGUUUUUAUCUUUUUGAGCAGAGCGAAAUGUUAAUCGUUUGUCCAUGUACGCAGUCAGUCGAAGAUGCGUGAUGCCGUCGCACUUGCUUGGAUCUGCUUUUAUCUUAGAUUUUUACCGUUGAAACAAAAAAAGUUUAAGUUUUGUGA